AUACAAACAUAUGUGUGUAUAUUGUAAAAGAAAUUAUUACUGGAGAGGAAAAUCGCUGUUGGUUGCAAACAAGUUUUUGAAAAAGUCGGAAUCAAAUUAAUUGCAAUAUGGCAAAAUUGGACGAACGCAUCGGGUUUAUUGGAGGAGGCAACAUGGCAUUUGCAAUUGGUUCCGGGUUGAUUGGGAGAGGAAUAGUAAAGCCAAGCCAAGUUCUGACAUCGGGACCGCACAUUGAAAACCUCGCACGAUGGCGCGAGAUUGGCGCAGGCACCACAGACGAAAACAACGAAGUGGUGGAGCACACCGACAUCAUUUUUAUUUGUGUAAAGCCACACAUGUUAGAGCCCUGCACAACUGCACUUAAAAACACAUACGUGCCGUCGGCCAAGGAUGGAAAUAAACUAUUCAUUUCAGUGUUAGCAGGCACAACUGUGAAGUCUUUGGAAGAUAAAUUAACUUUCUUCGGCAGCUCAGAAAUUAAAAUUAUUCGAACAAUGCCAAACACGUCAAUGCAGAUCGGGGAAGGCUGCACUGUCUACACGGGAAACUCUCAUGUUACACAUCAAGACCUUGAAAAGGUGCAUUUAAUGCUGAACUCACUUGGAGUGGCACAGCAAGUGCCGGAGACAAUGAUUGAUGCAAUAUCUGGCCUCUCUGGCUGCGGCCCUGCUUUUGUUUACACGAUCAUCGAGGCUUUAGCAGAUGGAGGUGUUAAGCAAGGAGUACCACGACAAAUGGCGUUGCAAUUUGCUGCUCAGACGUUGCUGGGAGCGGCUAAAACGGUGCUUUUGACUGGAAAGCAUCCAGCAGUUCUUCGUGAUGAAGUGUGCUCGCCCGGUGGUUCUACCAUUGUGGGGGUCCACGAAUUGGAAAAAGGGAACCUUAGGGCGACUCUGAUCAAUGCCGUAGAAAAAUCGGCGCAGCGAUCAGCUGAGCUGGGCAAAAAGUAAAAUAGAUACGGUAUCCUAUAUCGAAUAUUUUCAAAAUAAUACGCUUAUAGCUACAUUAAUAUGUAUACUUGCAUAUAUCCACAUAGGGAUGCACGUAUUUCCGCUGAGUGUGUGUGUAAUAUAUGUACAUUUAUAAAAAUA